AUGAUAAAUAAAUCUUUAAUUAACGAUAUUUCAUUAUAUUCAUACCUUGAAGAAUUUAUGGGAGUUCGUUCUUGGAAAGAUAUUAUAGAUAUGUUAAGGGACAUCUUAACUGGUCUUCAUUCCAUUCAUAAAAAUGAUAUCGUUCAUGGAAAUUUGCACGGAGGAAAUAUAUUAGUUGAAAACGAAGGAGAUUCAAUAAACAUUCGUAUUUCUGAUGUGGGAUUACAUGGCUCAGUUUAUAAGAAAAGUUCAAAUAGAACAUACGGAGUUCUUCCAUAUGUAGCUCCAGAAAUCUUGAAAGGAGAUCCACCAACGAAAGCUUCAGACAUCUAUAGCUUUGGAAUUAUCAUAUUGGCUAUUGAAAUUUGUAUUGGUAUUCGUCCUGAAACUAUCGAUGGAACUCCAAAUGCUUACAUUCAACAAAUGGCAAGAUGUUGGCAUCCUGAUCCGUUAAAACGUCCUACAGCAUUAGAAUUGUAUGAUUUAUUAGGAAGUUGGUCAGAUCCUAAUAAAUCUGAAUCAUUCAACAAAUUUGUUAUGACUGAAUCUCGUCGUGAAAUCCAUCCUCGUGCUAAUUAUACAAGUAGACUCUUGCAUUUUCCCGAUUUAAAUAAAUUGCUCUAA